AUGGACGCUAGUCCACCAAAUCUCGAGUCAUCGAGUGUGUCUAUCUCUGAGCGCCGCUCAUCAUCGGCGCGGGGAUCCUUGGCCGGGGGGAAACAGAUCACUCGGAAUCGGGCGAGCUACAGCUGCCACACUUGUCGCAGACGAAAGGUCAAGUGCGACAAGAAAGCGUUCCAGGUCCACCCAAUUUGCGGAAACUGCGCCAAGACCGGAGCCGAAUGCCUUUACGAUGUGUCGUCGCAAAAGCGCGAAGAGAGGCGCGAUGGGGCUGAGCGAGGUGGCCAUGGAGUAAAACGAAGGAGGGAGACACCACAGACUUGGGAGGAAGAUGUUGAUGAAUUACAAACCAUUUAUGGGCAAAUAAGGCAGGCCGAGGGUUCGUCCGGCCAGAAGCCCGAUCCACGCGCCAUUGAGCAUCGACUAGACAAGUUGAUGUCAAUGAUCGAACGGCUGGGUGGCACCGCCCAAGCACUUGAAGCAGCCCAGAAGCGUGCCGCAGCUCCAAGCGCAACAGUGGAAUCUGCCCUGCUCGAGGAAUUGCGCCAGGCUCAUGCUCGAAACGGAAGAGCGGCAUCUUCAAGGCCCUUGAGUCCACGUCGCGCUGCUGCGGAGUCGAGUGGUGAUGAAUUUCCCAUCCCAUCAGGCCAAGCGACUGACCUGGUUGAUCCGGUGGGAAGUCUGAACCUGGGACACCUGAGCUUGGAUGAUGGCGGAAGGUCGAGAUACGUCGGAACAACAUACUGGGCUUACAUAUCUCAUGAGAUCAAUGAUCUAAACCAGUUGCUGAGAGACCAAAAUCGAUCGCAUGGCAUAUCACCCUCUGAAAAUGCCGACGAAGACCAUCAGAAUUUCAUGGUCAACGGUCGUCAAGCGUGGAAAGGGUCAGUUGAUAGUCCUACCCACUCAACAGCGUCCGGGUCUCGAUCUUGCCAGCCAUCCUUCAUUUUCCCAUCCGGCGAGUCUCCAUCCGGAAAUGAGAGACUCGUGGAACCAGAAAUGCUUAAGCACGUUCCAACAAGAAGACAAAGUCAAAUACUAUACAAAGGUUUCAUGUCUGGCGUUCAUGCAAUCAGUCCGGUCGUCCAUCCUCCGACCAUCUUGAAGCUCUAUAAUGCCUUUUGGAAUUGGUAUGACUAUAGCAGCUACUCCGGAGAAACGUGCCCAUGCCCGUCAUUUGUGCCGCUUCUGUACGCCAUCUGGUAUGGCGGCUCAGUAUCUAUUUCUAUUCGAACGAUCAAGUCCGAAUUUAAUGCAUCAUCUCGCUUCUCUCUGUCCUCCAUAUACAGUGAAGAAGUGACUCAUUGGUUGGCAAAGAUAUCCUUUCCUCGAAGCCCGUCUCUGCAAGGGCUCUCGGCAUACCUCAUCGUUCAAACUAUUUUGUCCAAAGAGGAAGAGCCCCUGACGAGUAGUCUGUUUGUCAGUCUUGCAAUGCGAGUGGCACAGACUAUGGGCCUUCACCGAGAUCCGGCCAAAUUUGGGGUCGAGCCAUGUGAAGCGGAAUACCGACGCCGGCUUUGGUGGCAUAUAAUGCAUAUGGAUGGUGUCGUAGCAAUGUCGAGCGGUCUUCCUCCUUUGGUGAGUGAUGAGAACUAUUGGGACGUACGCGAAACGAGUGAAGUGAAGGAUACAUUACUGGGAUCUCCAGCGGCCGAACGAUACGAGCAGUUGGUCGCAACCAAUCAACAACUUCCUGAAAACCCAGACGAGCCCUCUGUUUGUGGUGGACCAUCAAUGGUGAACGUAUUCUACCUCACUGCCAAGGGCAAAUACACAAUGGCUCGGGCUGUCCGCCGAAUACUGCGUAUUCAAUUGGGUACUAAGCCAGUCACUCGACGAGAUAUGGAAGAGCUGCGGACGAUUCUCUUGGAUCUUCAGUUGAAAUUGAACUCAAUCAUCAGCCGAAUUCCCGAAGAUAAAUCAGAGGAAUCCUCAGGCUCGGGCCGAUCCCUGUCCAUGUCAAAAUCGCCCGUGGAGGUGCAAUCAACAGAGACAGAACUUCCAGGCGAAGGACCCAAUGGAUGUACUGAGCAAUACCACUCCCCGGUUUUGGUUUCCUUCCAUAAAUGGGCCAGAAUCAUCUUAUCCUUAUACAUAGAUAAGGCGUUCUGUGUUGCGUAUCAACCUUUUUUGAAGAAUGCUCGUAGUCGAAUCUGGCCUGCUGCCCGACAGAGCGCACUUCGCCACUGCCAUGGCUUCAUGGAGAAGUUCAUUCAAUUGGCGACAGAUCCAGAUUUCCAACCAUUUCAUUGGAGCUGGCCAGGUAACCACCAGCCUAUGCACGCAACGAUGAUUAUGCUCAUUGAUCUAUAUGAGCGACCAUAUAGCCCAGAGGCUUCGAGAUCACGCGCCUUCAUUGACCGAAUUCUAGCGAUUUCUGGACCAGAUGGAGGCGUUGUUGGCGGUGAAGAUGGCAUAUCGACUCAGCGGCCGCUGAAGGAUGGUGGCCGUGAAGCCUGGGACAUGAUCCGUCGACUUCGUCAGAAGGCCUGGCAAAAAGCCGGUCUAAACCCCAAAUUGCUCUGGACCGAACAGGACCAAAUCCAGGCAGGGGUUGCCUCACCAGCAGAACCACAUCACCUGCGUAUUUCAUACCGCGCAGGAAAUUCACCGGCUCCCGGAUCUCCCUCAGUCUCCACAACACGUCAAACUCUUGGAUCGGGCCGCCAGCCCAACGAAUUCAACCGCAUGUUCUACAACAUGACACGGUCUCAGAUCCUUUCUAAUCCAACUGCUUCAACGGCAGCAGUCAGGCCUAGUCCCCUCCGACACUCUGCACACCGUCCGAGACGAACAUCUCGUUCCCUUCCCACACCCAAAUACAAUUCUACGCCAAAGACUGUUCCUAUGGCUUCACCGUCAGUCAUGUCAUCUUCUCCCGGCGCAACAUCAUCGCUGGGCACGCCGCCAUCUGCCAACUCUUCCACCGCCUCUCAAGCCCAAAUACCUCAAACUCUUCAACCGACCCCAAACACAAUUAAUUUCAGCCACAUGCCCUUCAUGGAUCCUAUGUCACCAAACCCGCCACCAACGGGAGUCCCCACACCGCCGUCCAUGGUGGAUCCGAAUCUCAACUUUGAUUGGGACCAAUGGGACGCUGUCUUUGGACAGCAUUUACCCGUGGCGGAUGAGCUUAUGGAAUUGGAUCCUGUAUCUGGACUGGAAUUCGCAAAUUUUGGUGUCCCGCCUGCUAACGGCGAUGUUGAUGCCGAUGAGAUUUCCACGGAAGGGUUUCCAACAGCCUGGACAGACAAUCCAUCAGGCAAUAGUGUUUCCUCCAGUGAGUGGCCGGGGUAUUGUUAG